AUGGCGGAGGCGUAUGGAGACAGCUCUGACUCUGAUGGUCCUGGGUUGAACCGAGGCCGUCUGCUGGACCCCACGGAACUGCUCUGCAACGACCUGUCCAUCAUAGCACCUGAUACACCCAGCCCCCAGAUUGGAAAACGGAGAAGGGCACGCAGCAACCGGGAUGGUCAAUUGAGUCCUCAGGCUGCCGUCUGUGCUUCAUCCAGAGUGUCUGAAUUCACCCGGGCCUCCUCUCGCCGGCCCAAACGACAGAAGCUCAACAACACCGCAGCAAACUCAAAUGUUGGGUUUUUCUCUACCGCAUCGGCCGAGGAGUUUCCUUUGGGCAGCUGGCUCGAGGCUCCACGUCCCAGCACUUCCUCCUCCUCCUCCUCCUCCUCCUCCUCCUCCUUCUUCUCGUCGUCGUCCUCCUCAUCCUCCUCUUCCUCCUCGUCUUUGUCUUUCUUGAGCCAUGGCUCUGAACAGGACAGCGCCUCCACCUCCACUGAAUCCCCAGAGGAGGUUUCCCCCGUGCGUCCGUAUUCACAGCCCUCUCCUCCGGCUCAGAGACUCUCCAGUCCCGGGUCUCUGUCCUUCCUCACAGACGAAGAGCGGAGGUGGCUGAACGGAGUGCAGACGCCGACGCCGACCGUCGAGGAGAUCGUGAUCAGUGACGAGGACGACGACGCAGUGGUUCGUACGGCGCAGCUGGAGGAAGACGAGGCCAUGGCUCGAAGUUUACAGGCUCAGUUUGACCGAGAACAGGACACACACAGGAAUCAUCUUCAUCAUCAUCAUCACCACCAUCACCUGCUUCAGUCUCCAGCUCCUCUCGGCAACACGUUUAAUCCAUAUUUGACGCCGAGCUGGAUGCCUCGUCUCCUGGCCGCUGUGUCUGGGUUUGAACAAGAUUUUCUCGUCUCCGGCACAAGACGCGGCCAAUCGAGAGGCCGGAGGAGAAACGCAAUGCCCCACUUUUCAGAGGACCGCGAGGGGAACGACUAUGAGGCGCUGUUGGCGUUCGAGGAGCGGCAGGGAUCGGUCGUGUCAAAGAAACUGAGUCGCAGAGAAAUUCAAAGAUUUCCAACAAAAACAUUCAAAGCGUCAAGUGCCGCCGGCAACACGCAAUGCCAGAUCUGUUUCUGCGACUACACGGACGGGGAGAAGCUGAGGAUACUGCCCUGUUUCCACGACUACCACGUCCAAUGCAUAGACCGGUGGCUAAAGGACAACAGCACGUGCCCCAUCUGUCGAGCCAAUCUUGCCGACGGCGCCUCCAUGGAGCCCAACAACCUUUGA